AACCUUGAAGCUGCUGUUUGCACACCAAGGACAUGUGUUCACAUUCCGAGCAGUGUCUCGUAAUGUCAGUGACGACAAUGAAAAUAUUUUAAGUAUUUAACUUCCUUCUUCACCGUCGCUAUAAGAGAGAGGUCCUGAUCCAGCGUAUCUCUGAGCCACACAGCGAGCGAUCCCAGCAAAGCCCAUGAGUCAUGGCUAGCGCGAAUCCCAGUGAGAGUGUGGACAGUGAGCUGCGCUGCUCCAUCUGCCUGGAAACGUUCGUCUGCCCCUCCACGCUGAGCUGCGGACACUCGUUCUGCCUCCGGUGCCUGGAGGCCGCCUGGAAGACGGCGAGCAGCUUCAGCUGCCCGCAGUGCCGAGCGACUUUCCCUGUGCGACCCCAGCUGAGGAGGAACGUGGCCCUCGCCAACCUGGUGGAGCAGCUCAGAGUUGGAGAUGGGAUGGCCGCGCCCGUCGUUUGUGACAUCUGCGGUGAUGGCCACACUCCUGCAGUGAAAACCUGCCUGAGAUGCGAGAUGUCCUACUGUUUUUCUCACUUUAGGCCUCACCUGGAGAAUCCCAGGUUGAGAGACCACGCCGUGGUGGAUCCCACUGCGAGCUUUGAUGAGCGAAGAUGCCCUGAGCACAGCGAGGAGCUGAAAUUCUACUGCAAAGUGGACAGCAGCCUGGUCUGCUCAACUUGCACCACCGCAGGAAAACACACAGGGCACAAAGUCCUGACGCUGAAGGACGAGCACGAGACACGGAAGACGCGCGUAGGGGAGGAGACGCGAGCGGUGGACAAGAAGAGGAAGGAGGCGGAGGAGUCCGUGAAGCGGAUGGAGACUGCUCGCAAGAAGGCCCAGGAGUCGGUGGCCGGGAUCAGGGGUCGCAUCACGGGCAAGUUCGCCCGCCUAAAGAAGGCUCUGGACGAGGACGAGAGGGAGGCUCUACGUCGCUUGGCCGUGAAGGAGCGAGAGCUGCUGUCCCGGAUUGAUGAGGACAUCGCUCGUCACAAGCGAGAGAUCGGCGAGCUCCAGCCGGCGGCCACUCGCCUGCGCACUCUGCAGCACGAGAGGGACUCGCUCGCCUUCCUGCAGGGGCACUUGGAGGUGACGCGCAGGAGAGAGAUCCCAAAGGAAUCUGCACCCCCACCUCCCACUUCAUUGGAUGUCACCAAGAUCCUCUCCCUUGAAAGGGUCGCGAACAGACUCCUGCCUUUCGCUUAUGGACGCUCACCGACUCUGGACACAAACUCAGCCCACGACCUCCUUGAGAUUUCCACGGAUCUCAGGACGGUGACGGUGAGCCGUGUCCGCCAGGGUCGCCCCCAUCACCCACACCGCUUUGAGUGCCAUCCACAAGCCCUGUGCUCUGAGAGCUUCUCGUCGGGUCAGCACUACUGGGAAGUGGACGUGGGGAGCGCGAGGCGGUUUCGGGUUGGAGUCGCGUACGGGACGAUCCCACGGAGAGGGCGUGGUGCUGAGUGCCUCCUGGGAGAGAGUUUCGUCUCCUGGUGUCUACGGAAAGAUGGCGACAGCUUCUCAGUGCUGCAUGGCGGGGUAGCGACCUCACUGUCGGUGCCGCAGCCUCCGCGGAGAGUCGGGGUUCAUCUGGACUGGGACGCGGGGCUGCUGUCAUUUUACAGCGCCGAUUCCAUGGCUAAGUUACACUCGUUGCACCAAACAUUCACUCAGCCCCUACAUCCAGGACUGUGGGUGUGGGGUCAAGUUGGUGACUCAGUGAGGAUUGUGGAUCUGAGUGGUGCGUCCUGAGAGAGGUGAACGUGAACAGCGCAGAGGACAGACGCCACGACGCACGGCGCUCGCCACCCUCGUCACCGUCACGCGCAGUGCGACGCCCGUGACUGGCUGGUGGCUGUCGGUGGCUAGGGGCUGCGUGGCUCUCCAUCAUAACGGGAGGGCCUGAGCGUAAACAAUCCUCACAACCUUAAUAGCGGGUAGGGGUGAUAAAAUAAGUACUGCUGUGUGUGUGUGAAGCCAACAUGAAUGUGUUCACCCUGCCAGAGGAGUGUGACUGUAGUGUAGGGUGCAGUGAUUAUCAAUGGUGAAAUGGGAUGCGUUUAUACACUGGUGGUGCCAUGGGUUGUGGGAGAGAUACAACAACAACAAUAUUAUUAUUAUAAAAGUAUAAUUGUGCACUUACGACAGUGGCAUUGUGACGUUUGUAUCGUCGAUUCUACAAU